AUGGAAAUACCCAUUCCACCUCUACUCUCCUCCGAACGAUACAGCUGGGAAUUAUUAGGAGGUAUUUCAGGAAAUGAAUACAUUUAUGAUGUAAAGAAGGCUUCCACUCCCUAUGCAAGCCUUGUACAACCUUCAACACCAUCAUCAUCAAAUAUGAUGAGCAGUAGUGGAAGCGUAGGUGGUAGUAUGAUCGUCAUGAGUAAUCGUGUCGGAGGUGAAAGUGCUAUCCCUACUCUGAACAACACUCAAACCUCUCCGAUCAACACAAAUAAUAAUAAUAAUAACGUGUUGUACAAUAAUAAUAACCCAAUGAUGGUGGUGCCUACAACGAGUAUGAUGAUGACACACAACAACACCAUGAUGAUGACUAAUAAUAAUAAUGGAAUGAAUUACAUGACCACCAAUCAUCCAUCAUCUUCUUACAUGAUGGGUGGAGGAACAUCUUCACCAUCAUCCUUUGGAUUCCCCAAUAAUAGUGGUUUAAAUAAUAGUUUGAUGAAUGCAUCAUUUAACAUUCAACAAUCACUAAAUUCACUGAUUCCACAACAGGUGCCACAGCAAACGGGAAACUCAAUACCACUUACGAAUAAUAUGGCUAAUGUGAAUAAUCCAUCAUUUUCAUCGCCAUCCAUGCAAUCACCAACAGUUCCACCUCCUUUCAUGAACAACUCGAUCAAUAACAAUAACUUUAUGACUCAGAGUGGAAUGAUCGGCCAACAACCAGUUCCAACGCCAUAUUCUCAAGUUCCAUCGUAUCCAUCAUCACAAGUACCGCAACAACUGCCAUAUGCUCUUCCACAACUUCAACAACCAAAAUACUUCUACGAAAAAGGAGAAAUUGAUAUUGCAAAUGACUCAAAUUUAAUUGUGAAAAAAUCGGCCGAGUCCUACACGAGCGUAUUCAUGAAUGCUCGACUUGUAGAAAUUCCAUCAAUGACUUAUGCAUGGAAAACCAAAGUUGUGACACUUGAUUCAUGGAUUGGUGUGGGUGUGACAAGUGACAGCGUUGUGCAAGGAAGAAAACAUGCAUACUCUCCUUAUGAUGAGCAUGGAGGCUACUUGUUGUCAGGAAACGGAUAUAUUUGGAGUGAAUUUAUUGAUGGAGCUAACAAAUACAAACAGGUACAAGGUUCAAGUUUUGCAUCUGGUGACAUUUUGAUAUUUGAGCUGAAUUGCGAUAAGAAGGAACUCACGAUUUACAACAACAAGAAUGUCAAAAAAGCAAGGUUAACAGAUAUCAAGUUUCCUGUAUAUCCCUCUGUGAUGAUGCAUGGAAAAGAAUCCAUUGAGUGGUUGGGAUUUAUCGAAACAAAUCAAAUGCCUUCUGCAAACACUUCACAUAACUCUCGAAAUUUUGAACAAUUUUUAUAUUUGAAUUAUCAUAUUAAUGAGCCUGAGCCACAACGUUUUGUGAAAAAGACAGAGGCCUCUUAUACAACCAUAUUUGCAAAUACUCCAUUGGGAGAUGAUAAACGUUAUGGAAUAUUUAGAUGGAAGGUGCAUAUUCAUACCAUUAACUCCUGGAUUGGAGUUGGUGUAACCAGAGAAAGUAUCGUGAAAGACCUCUUCCAUGAAUUAUCUCCAUUUGACAAUCAUGGAAGUUAUUUGUUAUCACAGAAUGGUUAUGCUUGGAAUUUAUUUAUUGAGGGAUCCACAAAGUAUAAGUCUAUUGGGUCCAAGUUCUACACUGGAGAUGUCUUGACAUUUGAACUGAAUUGUUUCACAAAGGAGUUGAGUAUUUUCAAAGAAGAUGUGAAAAUGACCACCUUUUCUGACGUUCAAUUACCAGUAUACCCCUCUGUGAUGAUGCAUAGCCUGGAGGAAGUAGAAUUUUCUGAUUUUGAACAAGCGAGCCUUACAAGCAAACCUAUCAGUUAUGACAAUGUUUUGAAUUAUAGAGCUCCAAAGUAUCUCAUACAGCCAAACGUUUUUGACAUUAAUUCAAACAUUUUGAGGAAAACAGUCGCAGAUUCUUACUCUACUGCAUUUGUGAACUUAUUAAUCGGACAACAUCAAAAGCUUGUCAGAUGGAAAAUCAAAGUUAUUUCAAUCAACUCAUGGCUUGGUGUUGGUGUGACAAACUCCAGCAUUGUUGAUCGACAUCAAUUCACCUUUUCACCAUAUGACCAACAUGCAAGCUACUUGCUUUCACAUAAUGGAUACGUAUGGGACCAAUACAUGGACAGUGCCAACAAAUACAAACAAGUGGAAGGAUCUAGUUUUGCUGUUGGAGAUACCAUCAUUGUAGAAUUGAAUUGUGUCACAAAAGAAAUUUCAUUCUACAAGAACAACAUGACAAAAAAACUAGCCACCUUGACCAAUGUCAAAUUUCCUGUUUAUCCCUCAAUUAUGUGUCAUGGAAGAGAAGCUAUUGAAUAUUCUGAUUUUUCAGAGAGCACUGAUGUGGCUUUGGUACGAAACAAAGUUACCGAGUUUGUGUAUGAUACAUCACAUAUUCAAAUUGUAGAUGCACACAAUAUUAAGAAAACCUCUGCAUCCGCUUAUACGACUGUAUUCGUAAACACUCCAUUGGGUACGACUUAUAACAGUGGCAUUAUCAAAUGGAAAGUUAAAAUUAUUUCUCUCAUCUCGUGGAUUGGAUUAGGAGUCAUCAUGAGAGACGUUGCCGAUGAUCACAAUUUCGGUUUAUCACCCUAUGAUUCUCAUGGAAGCUAUUUGUUGUCAGGAAACGGAUAUAUUUGGAACCAAUUUAUGGAAGGAACCAAUAAGUAUGAACAGCUGCAAGGUGCAUCCUUCUCUAAUGGAGACACCAUUGUGAUGGUAUUGGAUUGUGAUACGCAAGAGCUCAAUUUUUACAAGUCAGGAAAAAACAUUGCUACUUUCUCAAAUGUAAAAAUUCCAGUGUAUCCCUCCUUCAAACUUCACGGAACUGAGCAAUUGGAGUUCUCUUGGGGUGAAUAG